CACAACAACUCACAACAAGACACCUGUAUGUAACAAAUACAUUCCUCACACUCGAUUAACUCGACUAACAACAAUCAGUGGCAGAGCGGUCCAAUGCGAUUCCCCGCUAAGCUAAAGCAGGCAUGUUAGGAAUUCCCUACGGGGGCGCGAGUUCGAAUCUCGCAGGUGUCUCUUCUCUCUUUUUUCCCUCUCUCUACUACACCUUUCCUUAUACUUGGGUCUAGGUUGUCUUUUUUUUUGCUCCCUUUCUCAUUCCUUUUUUCUGCUAUUUCGGCACCUGGAGCAGAAUACCGGAAAGUGUGGAUUUGGUUGACCGGAUGACUCGAUGCCGGUUCUCGUUUCGCUGCGGACACAAUAUUAAAGGAACAAUGCAUCUUGUUAUUCAAUAUCCUUUGAGCGGAGAUCAUAUUAUCUCUCAUCACUGAUUUAUAACAUCUGGGUGCUUUAUAUAUAUGACGGUUUCAGAUGAGUAGGUAGCACUGGAACUUGGGAAGAGUUUCAGAAGCUGUCAAGCGAGAUGGGAAAGUCAACAAUACCUCACGGGGCUGGUACGAGAAACGCAUCGCAACCGUUGAUCUGCGAUCAUAGAAUCAAGAGCGCUUGCGGUUUUGACCUAAGGUAAUGAUCGGAGUAAAUCGAGACACAAAGCUUCAUACUCAGUCUCCAGGAUACUCCGAUAAUGCCAUGGUCACGUGAUCUCUCACAUUGGAUAUUUCCACCCACCAUUCGUCCCAGACCUGGUUUUUUUUUUUUUUUUUUUUUUUUUUUUUUCGAACUGGAACUCCUCAUUCAACUUGAAACCUCGCCCUGCAUCGUAAACCUUCAUACAGCAACCCAUGCGAGAAUACUGACAUGCAGGUGUUGACAUAAAGGCAGUAGGUACCCCGCUUCGCCAGCGCUAUCCCCAACUAGGGAGCCUACGAACAAACAUCAACACCAACCACAUUUCUUAAGAUCUCAAAUUUAAACACCGAAAUACAAAAUGUCUUCAGAUACCAACACCAGCACUAUCCUCCUCAUCACCGGCGCCAACACCGGUCUUGGCCUCGAGACCGUAAAAGCACUCUACCAAUCCAACAAAGCUACCUACACGAUCCUGCUCGCGGGUCGAGAUAUCUCAAAGGCGAAUGCAGCUGCCAAGGCUGUGGAGUCUGACUUGAAGUCCCCGAGUGGAAGUGUGAUCCGGACGCUGCAGGUUGAUAUCGAGGAUGAUGAGUCGAUUGAGAAGGCGGGCGAGUGGGUGAAGAGGGAGUACGGGAGGUUGGAUGUGCUUAUCAAUAAUGCUGGCGCACAAUUCGACCAGAUUCCCGACCUUCCCCCCCGCACCAUUUGGUCCCAAUCCUGGAGCGUCAACGUAGUCGGCACCCACCUCCUAACUCACACCCUCGCGCCUCUCCUCCUCUCGUCCCCCACCCCCCGCCUCCUCUUCCUUGCCUCAGGAACCUCCUCCCUUACCACAGCCGGCAACACCUCUCUCGCGGUCGACCAGUCUCCUUCAGCAGGCUGGCCCAAACAAGGAUUCAACAUCCCUGCUUACAGAGCGAGUAAGGCUGGCUUGAAUAUGGUGAUGAGAGAGUGGGCGAGGUUGUUGAAGGGGGAUGGAGUGAGGGUUUGGGCGGUAAGUCCGGGGUUUUUGGCGACGGGGUUGGGUGGGAAGGGGAAGGAGGAUAUGAUGAGGGGGAUGGGGGCUGGGGAGCCGGCGGUGGGGGCGGAGGUUGUGAGGGCGGUGGUGGAAGGGGAGAGGGAUGGGGAGGUGGGGUGUGUGGUCAAACAGGGAGGGGUGCAGCCUUUUUGAAGGUGGUGGUGUAGUGGUUGUAGUUCAGCGUCCCGGGGGAAUGAGAGAGUGUGAAAUAUGGAAUGAGAUCUGGGGCGGUUAGAAGAGGAUCUGAACUUUCAAUUACGAUACUACUGGUCAAAAAUCACAUAUCUUAGCACAUAGCAACAUAUUACUGUCGUGUCUGUUGUAAGAUGCUCUAUCUCGUUUGCCUUUUGCACACACAUAGUCUUUCUGACGGUUAUUUAACGAUGGCAUAGUUUUGCUGGGACAAGAUCACUGGGAAAAUGAGAAAACAAGAAUGUUAGCA